AUUUAUAUUAAAUAUAACAGGUCUUCAGCGAAUUCGGAAGUCUCACUUAAGAAACAAUUGAAUUUGUCAUUAACGUUAGACGAGAAGUAUUCAAAAUAACAUCAUGGUCAUAUUUGUUUUGAAGGUUUACUAAAUUACUUAUAAUGAUUUGAAUAUUGGAAUGGCUCAUAAUACUAGUUUCUUUUACGGAACUUUUCUCAUUGUUUUAUCAAUAUCGAUUUUGUUUGGACAAGUGGUGGCUUCAGACUGUUUCAGGACUACGACGUAUGAGUAUAAAGGUCACCAGCAGACGACGAAGAAUGGACAGACAUGUAUAAGAUGGGAUUCUUUUGAUCAUAAAUACAGUAACCCUGAUAAAGUCCAGGAAGCUACGACAUCUGAAGACGUAAAUUACUGUCGUGAUCCGGAUAGAGAUGAUUAUCUCUGGUGCUUUGUGUCCUCAGAUAAGUACUGGAAUUUCUGCGACAUUGACAAAUGUGUCACUGUCGACGUGAACCAAUGCGGAAGCCUGAACAUAGAACAGCCGACUAUAUUGGGAAGAAAUGUUACCUUUACUUUUACUCCGGAAACAACCUCGGACGCAGACCUGGACUGGCAGUGGUCAAAUGAAAGAAAUUCAUGGAGUACACUUCCUAAUCAUAAAAAAUUUACCCAAUAUUUUCAAGAUGGAACAUAUUACUUGGUUUUAACUGACACUGUCAGAGACUAUGACGAAGUAUUUUACCGUGUUGGUUAUACGAACAAUAGCGUUAGCUGUUCAAUGGAGACUCCAAAACUUCAGUUUCAAGAUAUAUCAAGUAAUCGAUGUGGAUUUGUCUACCUAAGAACAACAAAGGUGAUAGAAGGAAAGAAGGUAGAACUAGAAUAUUAUCCAUCUAAAUAUAUUGUGCAUAAUCAAGAGCACUUUGUACGAAUGUGGAAGCGUUCUACACAGUAUCAAACUAUUACAAUACGCUUGACGAAAGAUGUUUAUGAGAAAGAAAUGGAAUCGAAUGAUAAAUAUUUGUUGACUAUAACCAUGUUCAAUGAACGAAUGAAUGGCCGAUAUGGAGUUUACUGUGGCGGAACAGCGAGCUAUUCAAAUAUGGUCCAAGUUAUAUUACCAGUUGCACCAAGCGCACCAGCAUUUGAAGGUUUAAAGGACAUAGACAACUGUAAGGGGUGUAUUGUUGGUGAGGAUGGUGAUCAGUUUAGCGUUCUCUGCAAGACAAGUGGUGGUACAGAACCCGUUAUUGUUACAAUGUCAGUAGGGAUUGAAUCGCUAAGCCCACAACGAUAUAAUAAAACAGAGGGUUACAUGGUAUUUUUUACACUUCGGAAAAAUCAUCAUAUGGCGAUGAUGACAUGCACAGUUAUGAACGAUGCCUUAGCCUUACCUUUAAUCAUCACUGCACGUGUGUAUGUUAUCAAAUCACCAACAUUAAAGAUUUUUACGGUACCACAGAUUCUCAAGGAAGGACAUGUCGGCAUUAUUUCUUGCAUACUGGAUGAAGGAAGACCUGCUCCUGAUGUCAUUUUAAACAUUUCCGGUAUGGAAGUGUCGUCUGCAGUCCAAACAGAUAGUUUCAAUGCUGCAACCUAUUUAUACACGAGUGCUGUUUACCUGACAACAUUCGAACGAAUCUGGAACAAUGAAAACGUCACAUGUUGCCGUUAUAAUGAAUGGUACAAAGUCACAAAUGAGUGUUCCCCAACGAAACGGUUAAAUGUCAAGUUUCCACCUGCAGACAUUAAAUUGGCGGUCAAGGUUGAGCAAAAACCUCCACAUCAAAUUUACGCUGUUUGUACCAUCUACAAUUCAAACCCAGCAUGUGCAGCAAACAUUAGUGCUCCAAACGGAAUCAUUGUUUCAGAACGUUAUACCAGAAACGUGAGCCAACCUCAUGGCGCCUGGAAUUCGGAAUAUGCAGUAAAUUUGGAUAUAAAUAAAGACGACAAUGGUGAAGAGAUAGAAUGCACAGCUGAUUGUCAACAUUUUGAUGUCGAUUUGAAGGUCGCACGCUCGAUCAUUCUGCCUUAUGCACCUAUCAUCGAAUUCAACAUAUCUGGUUCAGAACUUACAAUUUUACAAGGGGAACAGGCACACAUAAAAUGCUCAGCACAAAGCAUUCCUGCCUCCUACAUUUCAUGGGUGGAGCAGUCUGAUGUUGGAAAUAUAACUUUGAAACUGUGUCAGUUGAAAACAGAAUGCGUCAUUGCUAUUGAAGCAAACCUUACGCAACAACGACAAUUUAUUUGCCAAACUCAUUAUUUACAAACAAGUGACCAAAAGAGACUGACUGUAAACAUUCUUGAGAAAGAUGAGAAACGUUACAAAGACAUGGACAUUUCUGCUUCUGGUGACAACUUGUUUAUUUGGAUUAUUCUUGGCAUUUGUUUAGCUGUCCUCUUUGUUGUAGUCAUCGUAUGCUUUAUUGCAAGAAAAAAAAGGAGGAACACUAAAGCCAAACUGGAAGUAAAUCAAGUGAGAUUCAGUGCAAACCCAGAUGAACUUAGGAACGAUGUAGAACUGGAAGAUCGUGUGUAUCAAUAA